CAUUUUUUUUGUUUUUGUUUUUGUUUUCUCUGAUUCCGAAAAGGGAUUUUCGCCGACGCACCGGAAACCGAUCCCAAAAGAAAACCUCGAUCCGGAUCGCCACCCAAAUUCCUCAAGCCGCCCUGUUCGCUAAAUUCCUCUCGUAAAAUUCCUGCCUUUCCCUUGUCCUCGCGAUCGUUCCGCCGCCCUCGACGUGCGAUCGCCUUCCGAUCGAUUUGGCGGCGCGUUCCCUUUUGAUUCCGUCAAUUUCUCGGUCCCCUGUGAUCUCUGGGCCGCGUCGAUUCGCAGGCGGGAGGAAAGUUUAGAGCUUGGGGGGGUUCCUUCGUCGGACUCGUCCCGGAAUGGGGGACCUGGAUUCCUGGCCGCCGCUGGCCGACGCCGACGCUUCGGGAGGUCACGAUUUGCCUUGUUCCCAUCCGCAGCCGCCGAACCCGCAUCCUUCUGUGAUCAAGGCUGAGAACUGGAGGCGGGCGGAGGAGGCUACUCGAGAAGUUUUACGGUGCAUCCGGCCGACCGUUGUCUCCGAAGAAAGACGGAAGGCCGUCGUUGAUUAUGUGCAGGAGCUGCUCACGACGCGCAUGGGGAGUAAGGUGUUUCCAUUUGGAUCAGUUCCUCUAAAGACUUAUCUUCCUGAUGGAGAUAUUGAUCUGACCGCCCUUGGUGCCCCUAAUAAUGAAGAGAUGUUGGCAAGUGAACUUUGUUCUGUUCUUGGAGAAGAAGAACAUAAUAAGGAUUCUGGAUUUGAAGUGAAUGAUGUUCAACUUAUUCGUGCUGAGGUUAAACUUGUGAAAUGCAUUGUGCAGAAUAUUGUGGUAGAUAUCUCAUUCAAUCAGAUUGGUGGGCUUUGUACACUUUGCUUUCUCGAGAAGAUAAAUGAAAAAAUUGGAAAAGAUCAUCUUUUCAAACGCAGUAUAAUAUUGAUCAAGGCUUGGUGUUACUAUGAAAGUCGCAUUCUUGGUGCUCAUCAUGGUUUGAUAUCUACUUACGCGUUGGAGAUUUUAAUACUUCAUGUCUUCCAUCUGUUCCAUGAGAAUAUGGAUGGCCCCCUAGCGGUUCUCUAUAGGUUUUUGGACUACUACAGUAAAUUUGAUUGGAACAAAUACUGUAUCACUCUACAAGGCCCUGUUUCUAUUACUUCAUUGCCAAAACUAGUUCUGGAACCAUUGGAAACAAAAGGAAACGGUUCACCACUUACCGAGGAAUUUAUUGAAGAAUAUAUAGAAAUGUUUUCAGUUCCAUCUAGGAUGUAUGGGAACAGCAAUCAGGUAUUCAUGCAGAAGUAUCUGAAUAUUGUGGAUCCAUUGAAACCAAACAAUAAUCUUGGACGCAGUGUUAGCAAAAGUAAUUUUCACCGUAUACGCAGUGCUUUCACUUUCGGUGCUCGAAAACUUGGUCGGAUACUUCAAUCAUCUUCUGCAAAUAUUGUAGAUGAAAUUAAUUUGUUCUUCAGAAGCACCUUAUGUAGACAUGGAAGUCGGGAAAGACCAGAUGUGCAAGAUGUCACUUCUAGUUCCCUAAAGAGUGGAACAGUCGAUCACAGGGGAGAUGAAUACAAAGUAUCAAACUUAAAUGCAGAAAAUGGAAAUGAGGACUUACAUUUUGUAGCUUCACCAACCCGUGACUCUAAUGGAGCAUCGAUGGAUGCGAUAAAUAACCUCAAGAAUUUGAACUUGGAUGCGAAUUGCACAUCAACAAAACAACAUGGCAAGCAUUCUGCUAGUUCACCUAUUAAUGCGGACUGGUCUAGAAAUGGCUCUUUGGUUUCUGAGGAAGACAUUACAAGCAAACAUUCCAUUGAUGAUGCUACAAUUCUUCAUUCCACGAGAGCAUCAAGAUCAUCAGAUGAAAGUUUUAAGCCGUCAACAUCUGGAAAAGUUUUUCAUGCACCCCACUUGUUUUUCUGUUCAGAGAACAAUCACAAUGAUAGGACAUUGGGUAGUAUGAGUACGAGAGAUAAUGUUGUGGUGGGAGUGUCUUCAAAUAAAUCUACAUCCUCUUGUGAUGAAAUGAGAUACAAGGCUAAGUCAUUGAAUAGUGCAUCCUGGCCUAGAGAACCCACCACCACUGCACUUUCUAGUAAUGUUCAUGAAUCACCAUCAGCAAACUGGAAUUGUGAAGAUUCAAUCCAUGGGGACUGCCCAGAUGAUGGAAAGUUAGAUGAUGCAAGUCCUAGUUCCAAUAAUUUAUCAGACCUCUGUGGUGAUUAUCAGCUUUAUUAUAGCAAUCUUCAUCAUGCUCAGGAGUUCCAAGAGUGUUUGUUCAACCCAUAUUUAGUACCGCUCUAUCAUGCUCCCCCUUCCCCAUAUCAAAACAAGCAUUCCUGGAAUGUGCAAAACAUGUAUGCGCAUGUUGGUGCAACUGGCCUUGUCCACAUGCCACCACUUCCCACAAGUUAUUAUUUGAUCCCGCCAUUAAUUUCUAAUGAUUAUGGUGCCAAAGACAUCACGAAAACAAGGGGAACUGGUACAUACCUUCCAAACACGAAUUCUCGUUCAUACAGAGAGAGACAUAUGUUAGGAAGAGGAAGGAAUCAAAUGCAAGCAAAUCAUUUUCCCAGAUACCGGAGAAAUGGUUAUGGGGACUCACCAUAUUAUGAGGGAACAUCGGACGAAAGGAAUCAUGUUCCACCUCCACCGCCUAUACCUCCUAGUUUUUUGGGAAAUGGUCAUGGAGAUCCAAUUUCAACAGAUCGCCCUCAGUCACCUGGCUCUGCUUUUAUGGUGGUUUCUCCUGCAAAUGGUUAUCCAUACACUUCUGAAGGCAAACUUGAAUUUGGUAAUUUUGGUCCUGUUACGACGGGAAGUUUGUCUUCAGGAAGGGGUGCCAAUUUAGAGUCAGCCAAUGCUGUUGGUAGGGGCUCUGGAUCAUCUAUACCAACAUUAACAGUCGAAAGUCCUCAUAGAAGUUUGAACAAUGAAAAGCUAACUCAACCCUAUCAGCUGAAGGAUGACGGUGACUUCCCCCCUUUGGCAGGAUAAAAGAAUGAAGGGUUUAGGAAGACAAAGCAAUGAAUGCUGAAGCAUUCAGGAAGAGUAUUACUACACUGAAUGAAGGGUUUAGGAAGACAAAGCAAUGAAUGCUGAAGCAUUCAGGAAGAGAAUUACUACACUGUGUACAUUCUAACAGUCUUUUUUUGUGAUGUUUAUAUUUCACCAUUCUAUUAUGGUAGAUUUAAAUAUGGUCAGAGAAUUUUUAAUCCCAUUUUCCUUUUUGUUUUUUUUUUGAUGUAUCUGCCUGAUGUUUUAGUGACAUUGGUUUGUUGAUGAUGCAGUUUAGAUGAAGGGAAAAAAAGAUUUGAGUUGUAGAAAAA